AUGCAAAAAGUUGAAGCCAGAGGGAAAGGUAUUUUGCAACAAAACCAGAUCAUUGCUGAAUUCGAGACUUUGCCUGAAGAAACCCAGAACAAGUUUGAAGGUGGUGCCUUCGACCUUCUCAAAUCCACUCAGGAAGCAAUUGUGAUGCCAGUUGCCACCAUGGGUUGCUCUUGCUGUGAGGCCAAGGCCUGGUGUUCGGGAAUAUCUAAGAGGGAGUCAAUCUCCAUGCUCUUCUAA